CCACACCAGACCUCGAGGAGAGAAGUCGUGUUUUUCUUUUGCCCGAAGCUCAGUCGAGAUCCGAACUAUAACCCCGCGUGCCUUAUUCAUCAUCAUCAUCAUCAUCAUCAUCGGCGUCAACGAUCACACGUAUCAAAUUGAUAUCGACGAAGAAGAAGUAAAAUCACACGGGGAUAUCCCAAGUUUUAUGCAGUACCGUUCCGGUUUCGUCGACCGAUUGUUCAUCCGCAGAGAAAACGAAAUUUUUCGGUUUAACGUUUUUGACUCUGUUUCGUUUUGUUGUUGUUGUUGUUUUUAUUUUUAUUUAUUUUCUUUUUUACUUCGCUGCGGAACAGUUUUCCCAGACACUACGAGGGUUGACAUUUGUACACUGAGAUUCGAAAGGACAAUUAUUUCGCCGUUACGUCAACUCCCGUGUUACAACAACGACGAUAACACUGUGAAAAGUUUCGAUUCUUAUUUUCAAUCGGCAAUUGCUGUUUUCGACGAUAACGAGAAGCGCAGCAGGAGAAGGAGCAUCGAUUAACCGCAGAACGAGGAAAGUCCGAUUGUUACUACUCUUUCCUUUUGGCGCUUGAUCUUUAACUGUUUCUCUCGCUAUCUCUUUUUCUAACAUCGCAAGUUCGUUGCACCGUUGUCUGUCGGACCGUCGCUGAUUCUUCAAGAUUUUACGAAAAUUCGAUGGGAAAACGUGUUGAAAGUAAAGCCGAAGAAUCCGUACCGCCGUCGACGUCGAGAAACAAAUCGAACAGCGUCUUGACAGCUUGAUCGAACUCGCGACUCCCGAUCUGAGGAAGAAAAAGUGAUCGACGAUUCGAAGCCAGCCCGAAGUCAAGUGAAAAUAAACCACCAACAGUCGUUUCCGGAAGUUGAAAAAUCCGUCAAGCGAGAGAUAAUCUCGAGGAACGAAAUACGCCGAGGAAACAGCACCUAUGGACAGAGGACCGUUCGAAGACCCACCUUACGCGAGGUCUAAACGUCGGUAUUCGGAACAGUGAUUUUUCCGAAGCGAAGUGAUAUCAAAAGAUUACAUAGAUAACCCGCGUCGUUUGACAAGUGAAAUUCAAAGAACGCUAUUUCAGAACAUAAGAAAGAGUUAUUUAAAAGAAACACAAGAGAUAAUAAUAAAAAUCACGGGGUUUCGACGGACAAUAUAAACAACAUCGAAAUCCGUAUACCGUAUAGAUCGCAGUUUUCAUUGACAUUGUAUUCCAAGUGAGCAGGAAUAAAACACGGCCAUGGCGGUACCGUUCGCGUUGCCGAGUGAAGAUGAGGCUGAAGCUCAAGAGCGACGCCUUCAAGGUCUCCUGCUGGAUGUUUACGGCAUCCUGCAACAGGUUAUACGGGCGAGGAGCUACCAGAAUCCAGGACAGAACCACCGAGUUAACCGGCGAUCCGGCGAAGUUCCAGGACCGCGAGAACCCCCUGUAGUCCUGGUGGACUCCGACCUUUCCCGUCUGCCAUUGCCGGACCUAGUUUCAUCGGCCAUCGAACAACUGCCACUCCCAAUGCCCCAGGUCACAGCCUCGGCUCCGAGCAGCCCGACGAGGGACGUUGCCUUUCAAUUCCCAGAGCUGAAUCCCUCGGCUCCUGUACCCAGCCCAAGACCUCGUCCACGGAGACGACGUCUAGUGUCCGAAAACUCUGCUCUGAAGAAGGAACAACCGAGCACCAGUUACUACCAAGCACCAAGCGAUGAGAACGAGUGGGCAAACGUUGGCGCCAACCUCAGGAACAUCGCCGAUGACUUUCACGCAUCUAAGAACACUGAUUCCGGUGCCGAGAAAUCGAGUCUACCGGUUAUCGGGAACGAUGAAUCGUCGCCGGAUAGUUUUUUGUCACUUUUGAUCCCGGCACCGCUUCGGGAGACGCUCUGGACGACAGUCGCGUUGUAUUUGGGAUGGCGAUUGGUCUCCCAUUUGCGAUAGAACCCACGAGCAGCGGUUCGCGGAGAAGACUGCGUCUCUUUACGCCGAAAUGUUUGCUGAAUUUAAAAUUUUUUUCUUCAUCAACCGCCAGAGGACGCUCUUGGAGAAUGAGAAGACGGAAGAGGAGGAAGAGGAGGAGAAGGAAUAGAAGAAUAAGAAAAGGAAUAAGAGCCGGACGUGUUGAGAGGCUGCACGCAGCUUGGUCACAAGUCUCGGAUCCAGGUCAGUCCUAACCCAUGACCAUGAUUCCUCUUCGCCGCUGAUAAUUAGCGCUGACGAGUUUUUAUACGGAGGAAAUAAAGCCGGCUAUAAUUAAGGCGAUUUGAAAAUCGUGCGCUAUCGCGAAAUUCGAAUUGCGAGAUGUGCCGCUGGACGCGGGCCGAAAGGACGGUGAAUGAAAUGACAAAAUAAAUAAAUAAAUAAUUAAAUCAACGAGUAAAUAAAUUGAUGAAUUAAAUAAUUGAAGCUUAUUAAAUAAUUGAAUAUAAGCGAAUAAAUGAAUUGCAUUACGAUAUUAUUGGAUAACAAACGAACUAGGGAUUAUAGCAACCAUCGGAUAUAUAAUGUUAUUAUUGAUAUGAGAUAAUACGGAUAUAAUUGUAUAACCAUCCCGAUUUAUAUACAUGAGUAUAUUUUAGGCUUAGCGAACGCGAAUAUUACGCGAUUAUUAUUAUACGUUUCUUAUAUACAUUUUAAAGGUGCGUUAUUAAGUACCUAUAAUUUAAUUUAUAUUUAACGGUGAGCAAAAAAAAAAUCUCUCUCUGGAAAUAAUUCGCAUUCGGUUUUACAUGAUAAUAUAAUAUACGUCACGUUGUUUCCACUCGAUCGUAUUUCGCAAUCUUUUUUUCUUUAAUUUUUUCUUCUUUCAUCACCUCACCGAAUAAAUAACGACUGAAGCCAAAAGUCGUCUGAUUUUUAUACACGUUUUAAAAAGUUUUCUUUUGCUAAGAAUACUUUUUUGUCGCGCGUGCGAUCGAAUUGAUGGAUUUUUGCUUCUUUCGCGACUUUUGGACUCGGUUUUUCGCGGUGCUUACAAGGUGGUGAGAAAUAAUGCGACGAAUUGGUAAAAACAAUUAAUCAACGAAUCUAUGCACGCGAUUGUGUGUUUUCUUUACGUUUGUCCGUCAUCUUUUCUUGUUCUCUCUUACUCGCGCUUUACGUACAGAAAAAGUGAACGGAAGGGAGAGAAAGAGAGAAAGAGACAAGAGUAGAACGUAUUGCGUACCAAACAGUGAAAAAGAACAGCAUUUAAACAUAAAAACACACAAAUGCUUGCCCGUGUAUAAUAAUUUCAAAUCUCCUCAUUAAAUUUUUCACCCCGAGUGGUUACAACAAGUAUAUUUACUUGUCUCCGAUCGAAUAAAACAAUGGCAAGAUCCAAAGAGGACUUUACCGAAUAAUCAAACGAUGAUCUCAUUACGAAUAAAUAAAAUUUAAUGAUUAAUUAAUUGACGAAUUAAUUAAUUAAUUACAUAGACGUACGUACACAUGUGCAUAAAUUUUCUUCAAAUAGUUAAAAUUUAUGUAGACUUGUAACGAUCAUAUGCCCUCGCAGUCGCUGUUUCAUAAUUUUUCGAACCGCUUCCUAGUUAGUUAUCAAAUUUUCGUAUGCACGUAUAACAAACAACGUGCAUUUUAUCCAAAACAGUUCAAGCGAUGCGCGAAAAUUCGCGCGACAUAAAUUAAGCGAAUUCGAAACGAACGAAGAGAGAAAAAAAAAACUACAAACAUUCAUUACAAUUCAAUCAAUGUGCUUAAUUUCCAUCUUGUGACAAUAUUUGACAGAAGGGCGAUCGAAAACACACCAAUCGGCGUUCGGUGUUUAAUAGUAAUAAUAAUGAUAGAAAUAAUAACAUUCAUAAUAAUAAUGACAUUAAAUAAUAAUCUUUAUAACGGUAAUCUUAAUUGUAAUCAUAUACGUAUGUACGGAUAGACGUUCUUGUAUGCUACAUCGACAUAAUGAUACGGUAUAAUGUAGUAAUAAUAAUGAUAAUAAUGAUACACGAUGUGCAUGAUAAAAAAUGCGCGUAUUACCCGUGAUUAUCAAGAGCAGCGAGCGUAGAAGCGUCGUAGUCGCUACCCGUUUACAUCGUACGGAUAUACAUGUGCAGGUAUGCGUAUAUAAACAAACAUAUGACACAUACGUGUACAUAUAUACGCUGUGUACGAUUAUAAAUAUAUUUCACGGGGAAUCUUAUUUGUAUAUAGAAAAAAAAUUAUCGAAUAACUGUGGGAAAUUUAAGUAUAUAAAAUCAUUGUGUAGGUAAAAUCGUGUAAUUCGAAAUUUAAUGAUAUAAUGUUGAUACGGGUGAAGGAAAAAGGAAAGGAAAGGAAAAAAUCAAGAUUGCGCGCGCUUUCUGUGUGUGCGUGUGUGUGUGUGUGUGUGUAUGUGUGUGCGUGUGCGCAUAAAAGUACAUCUAUGCAUGUUUAGAGCAAGGAGGAAUGAGGAAAGAUGAAUGAGAGAAAAAAUAAAAAUAAAAAAAAAAACAAAAAAAAAACGUAAAAAAACAACAAAAAAAAAAACACAUGAACAAUCGUAUAAAGUAAUAAAUGAGUAAUAAGUCGAGGUGUAAUAAACGAAUAAAAUAGAUAUCCUAUAAUUGAUGUAAUGUAGAGACCGAGGAUCGCAGCAUCUGAUUGGCUAGCUGCGAGUCCCGUGGACAGUUUUCAAAUGAUCUCCGGUAGAUUAGCUAUUAGUGACGACGCUCAUCUCCAGCGGGAGACUGUGUAUAAUACCUACCUAAUUUUGGAGUGGCGUCUAAUUAUAUUAUAUUAUUAUACCUAUGUCAUUUUGUACGUAUUUUGAGAUUUUCUUUUUUCUUCAGGUUCACUUUUUCCACUGUUUAUCACAACUUGGAUUUGAAUACUUUGCUCCACCGUAUUUGGUUUUUCUCAGUUGUUUCCAUUUUUUUUUUUUUUUUUUUUUCUCAGCGUGCAACGUUUUGUACAAUUAAUAGAUUGCUUUCAAAACUUUUGCAUAUUUUUACAAAGAUUAGCCUGCUACUAACGUCUUUUUUUAUAUUUCGAAUCCUGUAAGAAAGUAAUAUUUCGAUUAUUAUAAAACGAUAUCCCGAUUCGGAAUAUCCAAUUUCCAAAUUGUACGACUAAUCGAGUUAAAUUGUCCCGCAUCGAUAGACGCAUGUUUGUAUUAAGUAUGCGUGUGUUUUUUGAAGAAUUUAUAGGCAUUGGUAUCUAAAUAACGUUGAUUGUAAUGUACAAGAAACAACAUUUUUUUUUAUUGAAUUUUGAAAUCGCUUUUCAAAGUAAAGUAAAGAAAAAAAAAAAUAACAAUUACAGAUUAAUAAUUGACAAGAUACUAAUAAAAAAUUGAAAGCAAUUUGAAAUGACUGUGUUCACGCGACAAUCAGCGUUACGUCGCGUUAAAAAUGAAAUUAACAAUAAAGUAAUAAUAAAGAGACACAAAUGAAUAAGCAAAAAAUAAAAAUUCACUUAUAUGAAUGUAUGUGUACAUUUCAUAUUUAGAUCGCGUUGAGUAAAACUGGUUGUUACGUUUUUUGAAGAAAAUUCGAAAUUCACGCGGAUAAGUGCAAAAGACAAACCAAGUAUGGACAAUUGAAAGACAAAUUUUUCAGCGGUAAAAUUGAACCUUCAUUUUCGUAAUUUACUAAUCACAGUAAUAAUAAUAACAAUAAUAAUAGGUGUAUAAUAAUAGUAACGAUACAAUAUGAAAAUUAAACAUCUUAGCACAGUAAUAAACGUUUCCUCGGCAUCGAAUGUUGACGAUUACGAUUUUUCGAUGUACAUUUCUGCAUACGUAUAAAUGCAUCCGUCAAAAAUCUACCGAAUUAUAAUGCUCUUUGAAUAGAAAAGGAAAAAAAAUAUUCCAGCGUCUUAGAAACUAACGCUAAAUAUGUGUAAGAAUUGAAAGUUUAUGAACAACGUUAUGAGGAGAAAAAAAAAAAAAAAAAAAUUCAACGAGGUCCACCGUUCAUUUUUCAAACAUAUUUUCAUUUACACACAAUGUAUAUAUUUAUUGUGCGAUGUCCACUGCCAUUCUCAAGAGUCGCGAUUCAAGAUAUAUUUCAUCGACGUCACGAUUCCAAAUUCAAAUAAACUUGUCUCGCUCCUUGAUUUCCUUGAGUUAUAGAUAGUUUAUGAUCGGGUGGCUUUUCACCGCGUCUGGAUUUUGAUACAUACUAAAUUUUAAACCAAAUUGUUUGCACAUUUUUUGAUACAAAUUUGAAUAAAAUUUUUAAAAAAACAAAAUAAAAACAAAUCGUAACUAAAACAAUGAAACGACCUCCGAAGUUCUCGGUAAAGCGACAUUCCCGCGAAAUGAGGAAAAGAAUAUCUGCCUGUGAAUAAUUGCUUUUUGAUAAUUUUACAUAACGCUAAUGAUAAUAGUAAUACUAAUAAGGCUAAAUAUAAUAAUAACGAUGAUCUUAAAAAUAAUCUGCAUAAUAAUUAUGCCAGAAAUGAAAAUAAAAGUAAUAAACAUACUAAUUAUUACGGUAAUACUUUAUACAAAAAUAAUACGAUGACAGUGUGGUAACU